GGAGCAGUGUCGUUUGCGGAAGUAGUAGCUCGGUGUGUUUUUGUAGAGCUGUAAACCUGCAGUAAAAUACAAAUAUUAACCUUAUUUUAGAUAAAUAACCGAAAGUUUAACAUGUAGAAAUGACCACAGCACUUGCAGCUUAUUUUAGCGCUUGAAAAGCCUCAGUCUGGGAUCGGGAUUUGAUUUCUGUGUUGGAUUUUGUAGCGGAGAAGAGGAGAAGAGGAGAGUUAGACAACCCUAAAUCUGAUUAAUGAUAAUAAUGGAGCUGUCGACUGAUGUGGAUGCUGUGGUCGGGAACAUUGGAAAGCUGCCAUCAGAAGUGUUUUCGGAGACAUGUCAUGAGAUUCUGCUUCAUCUUCAAGGAAAGACCAGUGCGGUAGACUUGGUGGAAAACUGUAAUAAAUUUCAAAGAGCAGGAGUAAACCUUGACUGGAAAUCAGCCCAGGAUGUUAUAAGGCUGUUGUCAUUUCAUUUUAGGUCAGCUGCGAAGAGCAAACUCACUGCUGAUCACCUGAUCACUAGAUUAGGUGAGGCCAGCUCUAAAUGGACCAAACCGGCUUUACAAGUGGUGCACCAGCUGUGGACUGAAAAUGCUUCUUUUGUACAAGCUCACCAGGAGGCCCAGGCCAUGGCCAGCAUUGGACAGCUGGUGGAUAUACAGUGGAAGCUGGGCAUGGCUGUGAGCUCUGACACAUGUCGCUUCCUCAACUCCCCAUACAUCUCAGUCCUGAUGAAAAUCGCAGACACAUCUGGAGAAAUCACUUAUAAAUCAUUUGAGAUGACCGUUCUUCAAUUCAAGAACUUCUUCAAACAGUUCAAGGAAAUGGCGUCUGUUUUGGAGACUGUGUAGAAAUUCCGCUCCAAUUUUCCAGUAUUUUUAUUGUAUGUUUUCUUUGUAUGUAGAAUACUUCAGUAUUUACUAAUUGUUUACAUUCAAGCUGUUUUGUUAUUUAUUUGUGCCUUUUAACAACCCCUCAGUGGGAAACUAAUCCAUGCCAUAAUGCACUUUGUUUUGCAUGCUUUUUUUAGAGCAUUGAAUAAAGAGCUUUGAAUAGAA